AUGGGUAUCGAUCUAAAGACGGGGAUCAAGAAGCGCAAGGUGGAGCGUAAGGAGCCGAAAUCGCCGAACCCAUACAUCCGUCUACUGCAUAACGCAUUCAAAGUUGUGUACGAGAACACGGGAGAGGAUUUCACCAAGGUCCUGACGAAGCGCCUCUGUCUUUCCAAGACAAACAGGCCCGUCCUUUCGGUGAGCCGCCUUGCACACCUGAUGCAUAAGAGAGAAGACAAGAUCGCCGUAGUUGCGUCCACAGUCACUAACGACGAGCGCCUUGUCACAAUCCCGAGGAUGACCAUCUGCGCCCUGAAGUUCUCUGCGACCGCGCGCUCUCGCAUAGAAAAGGCGGGUGGAAGAUGCAUGUCCUUCGAUGAGCUUCUCGCAGAGAAGCCCACUGGGGACAACUGCGUCCUUCUACAGGGCCGUCGCUCGUGCCGCGCAGUCUGCAAGAAGUUCGGCUCCCCAGGUAGGCCAAACUCCCAUGUCAAGCCCAAGGGAGAGCACAAGGGCCGCAGAGGUGCCCGUGGCCGUCACUCGUGGUAA